UAUUUAUUUAUUUAUUUAUUUAUUUAUUUUCGUAUUUGGGCUGUCCUGGGCUCUGCUAAAGUUCUUGAAACUCGCUGAAAAUUUCAAUUAAAAUAAAAGCGACGAAAAAGGAAUUGGCUUACCAUCUUUCCACUGCGUUGCGUUUGUAUUUAUUAUUACUAUUUUUCUUCCUUUUCUGUAGCGACAUUAGAGGAUUACAGUACGUGGAUGUCUCAUUGCCUGGCUUGGAGUGUUAUCUGAUUUCAUCGGAUAGUCAUUGUGCAAUUGUCGUCUAGUGUGCGUGCGUAAUGCCUUGCAGCUUAUGAAAACUAAGGCAUGGUGACAACACAACCAAUGGUUGAAGUCGGAAUACUCGUGCAUACCUCAUAUCUCCAAGCAGGUGGCAUACGCAAAUCUAUUACCUGGGCGCCAUACUAUUCUUCUGUCACGUGCCCAGAAAACACCGCUUAUGUGAGGAACGCUCCAUAGCCGCAUACGUACGCGUCAGUAUGAUCAUCCGGCAAGCGUAAGGCGGUACGUGAGUCACGCCGUCGCCAACACGUCCGUCAUAGUUCCAUUGGGUCAGGAUCUUUCUCUCUCCGUUGCAACUCCUUUCCGUUCGCGUGCCGGUUCAAAGUGUGCGUCGUAUCAGCCGCGCGUCGCUGUCAUUGUGAAGCGCAAGUUCCGGUCACAGGUGCAGGCGAGGGCGGAAACGAGGACACAAUCAGCAGGCGGCAAUCCUUCCGGCUCGAGUCGAAGUGUGGGCGCCUCCAUUUAAUUUUUUUUUUUCGUCUUGCUAUAUGCAUAACGGACCUUUUUAGUCGCUGCAGAAAGAUGACGCUAUGACUUUGAGCGUGUGCGCGCCAGGCUUUACAUCGCUUCGGUCCAUCCAGCGGUCUACCCUUCUACAGCUGUGAGAGAUGCUUCUCUAGAAUCGGUAGAGCGCGACAACUAUCGGCGAGUAGCGCAGGGUAUUAGUUUGGCAUAACUUGACGCUCUUGCAAGUAGCUAAAGCAGACAUUCGUCGCACAUUCCGAAAAGCGUUUUGCUACUUGUGGAUCUGCGACCACAUCCCGGCCACGCUUCGCAGCGGCAGUCUCGCUUCGUUCGCUGCCAAGGGUGGUCCGCGAAUGAAAGCUGCCGGCAGAGCGACAGUCCGAAGAGGUGGCCGCGCGAGCGGCGGCGGCGGCAACAUGUGGGCCGCGGAGCACGUGCUCGGCGGGGGGGAUCGGCCCAAGUCCGGGAUGCGGAGGAGCGCGCCCGGAGAGAUGCUGCUGCUGGCGGCAGCGGUAGCAGCGGGGAAAGCGGCCGCCGCCGCCGCCGCCGCGGCGCUGCGGUCGGCUUGCGGCCCGGCGUCGCCGUCGCCGCCGCAUGCCCCGUCCAGUCGGCUUCGCAAUGCCGCCCAGGCUGCUAGCAUGACCCGGCCUCUGCCGCUGCUGCUGCCCGUGGUGCUCGUGGCAGCGGCCGCCUCGGGCGCGCGCUGCCCGCAGGACCAGGACCGCUGGGACGCGAGCAACAAGGCGCUCACCGCGUCGCUCGUCUUCCAGGGCCGGCUGCUGUCCAAGUCGGUGGACGCGGCGGGAAACCUCCUGGCACGCUUCCGCGUCCAGAAGGUGCUCAAGCCCAUGCCGACGGCGACGUUGCGCCGGCGCCAAGAGGUCGUCGUCGCCCUGGUCAAGAGCCGGCCGCCGCCCACGCAGCAACACCUCAACCGCUCCGCGUCGCCGCGCACGCCGCGUCGCGACGCGCUCAACAACGAGGCCCUGGCGCCCCGCCGGCGGACCUUGUGCCCCGUGUCCGUGCCGCAGGGAUUCGUGUUCAACGCACGUUACCUCGUCUACGCCAACCCCAUCGCCGGUCGCGCGGCACGACGGCUGCUGCUGCCGGCGGCGGCAAACUUCUCGGCGGCCGCCACGCCUGACCACUACACGCGCCGCGCCGGACGCGCCGUCAAGAAGGUCGUCUGCAACGGAUGCGUGCUAAAGCCGGCGCAGGCCAAGUGGCUGCGAUCCACAUCGCGGGUGGAUGCGUACCGGCGGUUACAACUGCGCUGCAAGCUCAACGGGAACCCAGUCCCCUGGGUGCAGUGGUACUUCAUGGGCAAGCCUGUCACGCCCAACUCCAGGGUGCACAUCGUCACCAAAUGGCGCCAGUCUCGGCUGGAGAUCAAGAGCGCCCGGCGGCAGGACUCGGGCCUGUACGAGUGCCGGGCGUGGAACGUGCUGCGCAAGGAGCCGUCCACGGUCUCCGUGAGCGUGUCGGUGCGUGACCGCUACCCGCCGCCACCGCCCACGCCGGAGCCCACACGGGCCACAGCGUCCACUACGACCAACGACUCUACACUAUGGCCCUUGAAAGGACGGCCCUGCCCGCUGGUCUCCUACUGCCUCAACGGAGGGACUUGCAUCUUCUACGAGGCCGUCAAGGAGCCCGUCUGCCAAUGUGCAGAAGGAUUUAUUGGGCAGCGUUGUGAAAACAAGGACACUGCAUCACUGAAAACGCCUCCUGAAUUCGAUACAACGAUCCAAAUGAUGCAGUCCUACUGGAUCCGAUAGGCGUCGCCUGCUCUAGGAAACUAUUUAUACAUAUAUAUAUAUAUAUAUAAAUAUAUAUAUGAGACGGUGUAUGUACAUAGGCUAUUUAAAACAAGCAACAAAAGAUUCACUGGAGAAAGAAGAGCCAACGAAAAAUCAAAACGCUUCGAAAUAUGUGGAAGCAAUGAUUGAACCAUGAACAUCGUCCUUACAGGCAGGGAGUCAUGCUUAUAUAGUAUUUGUGGCCAUUUUUAUGGGGGUGGUGCUAUUCCUGGAAAACUGCUUCCUCAUAGCCUGGACUGCCAAAAGGUAGACCCAAUUUUUUUGUGUUCAUUUUAGAUUAUGCCACACAGGCAGUUUAAUUGCUCAUUGAAUAAAUUAGCGUUGAACCCAGUUUGCCACGUUGCUGCCACCACUGUCACUUUCAAUUGCAAGUUUUGUAAAAACUAGUUAUUUUGAGCGGUAUCAAAGGCUCCUGUUUGUGCCCCUCAAAAUUAGUGAACACGUUGGAAUGCAAGCAGAACAUAAAACAGCAUGAAUAUUGUACAAUUUCUCAAGAAACAGCACUUUCAUAACCUUAGUAUUUUUCAUGAUUUGAUAUCUACCCAGAAGUUCUAGAACAAUUUAUAGAUACUAAAUCUGGCGAGAUGGCCACAAUACUAAAGGGGCCGGCUACUAGAAAAAUUUAUCCUACAGUCUGUUUGAUAAGCCAACUUUUAAGUUAUUCAUUCCUUAUAAAGGUUAAGCCAGUUACAGUCAUUCCACAUAAUGAUAUACAAAAAAUGUUAAGCUUCAUGCAGUUACAAAUAAGACAAAAAUAUUCUGUUAAAGAGUGAUUUUAUUACUUUGCAUUUGUACUAUCACAGCUGCUUAUGCGUACUGUGACUUGGAUCUCACUGCAUGUACCUCUUUGGGAAUAGGUACCGGUCAAACAAUGCAAUGUGAAUUGAAAUGAAUUCUGUAACUGAGGCGUACGUGUUGACUGCACUCUAAAUUUCAGUAUUAAUUGACUUCAGCAGACAGUGAAACUGCUGGAGUGGUAGUUGCAGCCUUAUGAAGUGCAUGUUGCAAUCUUACCCAACAGAUAAAACCAGAUAUCAAAAGUGCACUCCCAAAUGUUUAAUAGGCAGUCAAUCGACGAAUAUAUGCUUGCAUUUGUGUCUUGGCAAGCCUUGUACACACAGAGGCUCUGCCUCAUUUUGCUGGUGCUCCAAGACCUGGUUUUUGCAACUAUGGUUCCUUUCUUUUUAGGCACAUGAAAACUCACAAGAAAAGAAGGCCAUGAGCCACAUCUGAGCAGACACCCAAAUGUACCCAAAAGGUCGUCAAGCUGCCAGCACUGGUAGGUACAUAGUUAUUAAUAUGUUAUCAAAAGAUGUUUCUACAUUUUUAUUUCCCAUGCCCAUGCUCGUGUAGAUCACAUCAGAUACCCAUGCACUCAUAUGGGUAUCAUUCCAUACAAUCACGUGUGGUUACUUGAUAUAUGGAAGCCACAGCAAAUGUGGGAGUUUUCUUAAUAGGAUAUGCUUGCCAGAAGCACACCACACCCACCAAAUAAUUUCUUACCAUUCACUUCAGGAGCGGCAAAAAUGGCAAUUCAGCAUAUAAAAGUGAAGUCACAGUAAUUCAUACAGAACUUGCACAAAAUAUUUCAGAAUUCCGGUAAAUUAAAACAAACUUAAGUAUAAUGGGCUGGCCCACUGUUUUCAACGGAGCUUGGAACUAUUUAAUUAAGGCAAGGCUUUCAAUUAAUUCAAACCUCUGGCUUCCCAGGGCAAAACAGUGCCAAGGCACAUCAUUCGCCUCCAAAGCUGAGGGUUGACAGAGAAAAAAAAAAGCCAUGUGUACAGGACAAUAGCUCACAACUUGCAAUGAAAACAUAGUCUUAAAAACCUUGUAUAUGUUAACAAUGCAGUCAACUACUGACAACUGCUUGGCAGGCUGCCAUGGAACUUGCUUUUCUUGUUGGUUCAUACAUCAUCACACUUUUAUUGUGACCUAUGCACAAUGAAUGUUUCCAUAUAAUUCAGACUUCUGAUAAGGUGUGGCCAUAUAUUACGCUGAAUUAGAAAGAUUCUCGGAUCAAAAUUAAUGCAACUUGCACAGCUCAAGAGCAUAUUGCUACAGUUAUGCUGAAUGCAAACAUCUUUAUGAUAAGUUAGGAUUCAACUUCCAGUAAUACCUAAAUCAGUCAUAUCUUGCUAGUCCAACAAAAGCCAACUGUGAGUGCCUUUUCCUGAAAAAUUCUGUUCAUUUCUUGUGAUAAAUGAACAAAUACUGAACAGUCAUGACAAUGAUAAGCAUAUUGAAUACAAAGCUUGAAGAGAUGUUAACCUACAUUUUUCACAAACUCCGAAAUCCUCAUGUUUGCAGGCUGGCCAUUCAGUAGUUCCAAGAGUGUGUUGACGGUGCAAUCUCUGACAAGGAAGCCUCCCAAAAACUGCAUCGAGGUGUUUUGCCAGCAGCUGUGACAGCAAGCAACUCGGAGACCCACAACCAAUGUUUCAUCAGUGAAGGGGCAGAAGAAUACGAAGAUGUCAACAGUGGUGGGGAAUCGGACCAGUCUAUUGCUGGCAGCUCAAUGACAGCCACAAGCGGAGCAUUCCAGUGCCAUUCGUGCAGUUCGGCAGUUCAGGAGCUAAGACUCAUGUGCCAGGACAAGUCUUUUUGACGAAGAACUUGAGCAUCAUGUGCCAAACGUUGUCAGCGAAGUACAGCAUGCGUUUGUCCAUGCCAGUACCAAAGAAAUAACUUGAACAGCACACUGCAUUUUUUUUUUGUUGUCCUUGUCAUCAAAAGCUGUGCCUCGCUGACGACGUCCAUGACUCCCCCAUACCCAACCCCCUGCCAUACCCCCCAGCCAAUGGUGGCAGUUUGUUUCUGGGCAGAUUUGAGGAUGGCCACACCAGCUCUCGACAAAAAUGGAUUGUGCUUCAGCAGCUUCCUCGUUCUCUCUUCUCGAAUCAUGCCAUUCCUGCAUUUAUUACUGUCGUGUGUUUUUGUUUGUGCAGAGUAUCUUUGCAACAUGCUGAACAAGUGAACUGCAGUUGCUUUCUUUUCAUUAGUUUAGAUGCACACUCCCCCCGCUAUCCGAGAUGCAAUGAAUUCUGCAUGCAUCGCAUUGCCUGAAGCAACAGGCAAUCGUGUAUUGUGGACUCUAUAUUUAUUUUGGAGAAUUCAGCAACUCAUUGAGCUGGGGAUGUGACUUGCAUUUGGGGAAAGCAAUGUGUUAGAUCUUUACCUCAGUAAUGUUUGGUCACAUCAUCUCGAUGUGGCAAAAAAAAAAAACAUGCUUGCAGUCGUUAGCUUUAGCACAGCAUUGUGCCGACUGCAUGUUGCUCGCUCGUGCUGUGUUGUGAUUUUCCUUUUUUUAACUUAUGAGUGAUGCGUGCCUGACAGGCUUUUGUACUUAUGUGGGCCUAAUGUACUGACUGAACAUGUCUCUCGUCCUCUCAUCUGAGAGACUCUAUGUCUGUUUGAACUAUUUGCUAUAGUUGUUGUACGUGUACACUACUGCCAUAGUCUCUCGGUGGCAUCUUCUCUGGUUACUGACGGCUUUAGAAGCUCUGAAGAGACAUUUUCAUGAGUACGAGUGUGUAGGCGCAGUUAUGUUUUAAGCUUGCCAUCUACUGGACAGCAUUUUAAUCUCUGGUAUAAGAAAGGCUGUUUAGAGCUCUCAAACGUGUUGACAUUACUCUUUCCAUAUGUUGGCAGCCAAGACAAAUAGGGGUCCUGCAUGUGAUGAUAACGUGUUUAACAUACUUUUCUCCAAGUUCACUCGCAAAAAAAAAAAAUAUUGGAUAACACAAACUUCUGUCUAGUUGCAGUAAAUCAGAACACAUGCCAUUAAAGUCAUUGCACAGACAACACAGAGGGAGCUGUAAUAACAUACAAGGCCCCAACACUUUACGCAAUGAGUUUUGACAGAGAUAUCUGACUUGAAGGCAUGCAACCACAUACUAUAGAUAAAGAAACAGAACAUUAGCAGUACACAAAUAGUGACUAAUCAGAAGCCUUAAAAUCAUUUAACUAAAACACUAGUGGUAGAAGCUUCAUCAUGUCAUCACCUUUGUUCAGCAAGCAACCUGUAUGUCUUUCAGCAGAACUGCAUUCAGAAGAAAAUCAAGUUGACAAGAAAAAUAGUGUCGUACUGUUAAGCUGCCUUUAAGCAUGUUAACAAAACUGGCUACAAGUACUGCACAGUGAACAUUUCGAAUCGCAUUGAUUACAAAUAUUAGAAAAAUAGAGGCUUCGCACGUUGAAUAUUUUUUCUGUUUGAAAAGCAGAAAAAGCACAAGAAGGAAGUUUGGCAAAAAGCAAAAUUUUUUUUUCCCUCUUCGAUACGCACAAUGCUAGGCCUCAUCCGGAGUUCCGCUAAGAUAAGCAGGUUGUAAAUAAGCAAGAGGCAGAAGCUCGGCACUGCAUGGGCUAGUUGGCUUUGCAGUGGGCAUUCGAAGCACUAUGGAGACCCAAGCAUAGACCUUUUUCCUUUGCAAGCGAGCAACUCCACCACAUUCGGCUAUAGAAAAACAUCUGAAGAAAUCAAAUAUCAAAAUGUCAAAUCAUUUGUUUCAAUUCCAAACAGAAGCACUAAUUCAUAUUUGAAGUUCUAUCUAGAAAACUGAGUUUGGGAGAUAGCAUCCCAAACUUUCUAGUUCUAUCUCCCAAGCAACCAUCUUGCAGAGCGAGGUUGCUCAGCACAAACUGGUGCUCAAGACGGCCAGUGAUGGCUCAGAGUUCACAAAGCGUUCAUGGCUUACGGAAGCCAAACAGCAUUCCCCAUUAGCGUUUGAUAAUGUAAAAGUGGGUCUGGGGACAGGAGUUUUUGACGGCAGUAAUAGAGUGGCCACCUUACUAAAUUUCAGAGCAGCCAACUUGCAGAACUUUACAGAAAGGUCCAGAAUGGUCGCACAAUUAGGCACCUGCCAGUAACUUCUACUCCGACACCUAAAAAAAUGUCACUGGAUGCUAUAACAUAACAAGAGGAGAGGCCAAAAUGCUUACCUUCUGAAAUUCCCACUGAAUCUAAGCUUCAGUGUAUUUGCAAAAGGAGAAAUUAUUUAGCCUCACUAGGGUCCUAAGAACUGCUAUGGUCAUCCAGUCUAAUAGAGUUUCUUUCUUCACAGCUUACUUCAACAUGCAUGACCCCUAUGGAGUUUAGUUUAAAUGCUGCCUACUAAAGUGUAGCCUCUUCUAAGAAAGCUCUCGUGCAUGAUGUACACGACUCAAGAUCUAUGUAGGGCAAAUUCUUGAAAAAAAUCGGAGUAAUCAGCUGCAGAAUAUAUAAAAGAAAAACAGGCGUCUCUUGGGUCCCACAAAGGUAAGCUGUAUUAAAUUCAUUUCACUUCAAAUAAGGCGUGGAUUUGGAAGCCACUGAGGGACUCUGCUACUGCCAGAGUGGGUACAAGAUAAGCUUCUAGAGCCACAUGGCGGCAAUGUCGCAAGCUUUUAGAAUGCUUUUUUGUGAGAAAGCAUAGUAUCGUGUCAAGGUAUAUGUAAGCAUGUGUGUGUGGCCUCGACCAUCACAAUGCAAUGCAGUGUUCACUUUAUUUUUUUUUUUUGCAUUGUGCUUCACGAAAAAAUUGACUGUUAAAGAUGCUUAAAUCAUGACCUACAUUCGAUAAGAAAUGUGCCCUUCAUUGUAACUGCAGUAAGCUCUCAUAACAACCAAAGACUGUGUUGACCCGUGCAAAGUGUUUUUGUUAAUGUGGCAAGAUAUGUAAACCAACCCCAAGGUCGAAACAGCUAAGCAUAUUCAACAUGCACAAGUGUGAGCAACAGUAUGAGCAAUAGAACAAUCCCUUCUUUCUUGUGGGACCUCAGGUUACAUUGAAAUAGGCUUUGAGGUCCCCCUUUCACACAACUCGGCCAGUGCUCUUUCUUACACCUUGAUCUCAUUUAGUUCAUUGUGUCUAUGUAAUGUAGUAGUGUGUCCUCCCAAUUAGUCAGCUGAUACAUACACAGACAGCAGCAGCAGCAGCAGCAGCAGCAGCAGCUCAGCUUGUUUUCAAGUGCGAAGUAUGCCCACUGGCUUUGUGGUCACACACACUGGUUCAGUCACAAGAAUCAUUGCAAGUCAUUUCAGACAGCCUUUGCCUUCAUUACUACCGUUGUUCCUAAACUUUGCUGACGACUUCAUUUGUAUCUAAGCUAUUCUCAUUUCUUCCACCGAGCAACACCACUGUUCGAGCUUUGAUGCGAGUCACUGUUUGUAAAUGCUUUUGAUUGCUUGUGAUGAUUAUGCAGCAGCUUUGUAUGCUUCAUCGAAGGUGCUGAGUGAGUUUGGAAAGAAAAGGUUCAGAAUUAUAGGAGUGUUUUUUAUGGAGAUUCCACGCUGCUAGCGUGUAAUUGAAGUGGUUGUAAAUAGAGUGAUGCUGCUUGGUUCUUGUACAUAGUUUUUUUUUUUUCCUGAGACAGUAACAAUACAAAUACAAGUUACAGUGUUAGACUGUUGAGCAUAAGUGUGCAAGGGGAACAGAAAACAUUAAAGCCUUAUUGCACAAGA